UCUGCAAAUAUCUGCAUUUAACGGCAGUUAACGCUACUUUUUAUAGUUAACUACUAUUUAAACCCACAACAGCGGGUUUUCCCUUACUUAACUCCAUACCCUCCGACCUCCUUCAAUCUCAACUCAAUCUAGUCUCAAAUAAACAAAAGAGCGAAUUAAAAAAAACUGGUUUCCAAUACGUCACAACUACGCUACGCGCAUGUGUGAGUUCGCGAAAAUUUAUAUAAGAUCGACUCACGCGCAGACCUUGUUAGAUCCACACAACUACUGCAACUAACUGCAACGUGCAUGGCCGUUUUGGCGCGCAAUUCAAAUAACGAAACGCAUUCGAAUUUCGAGUUACAGUGUUCUAGAAUGUGAUGUUUGUUUUUAAAAUGCUGUCGUUUUAAAAACUUUAUUCGUUUUCUGGUUUUCGCUCGCCAGUGACAUUGAAAUCGAUUCGCCUAUUUACGGAAUUAAAGUCUUGUGCUAUUAAAAAUAUAUUAGGAAGCAAUUAUAUACUUGAUCGAAUCGAUAUUCCGUUGUGUAAAGACGUGUCUCUUGUAAAAAAAUGAAGGACUUUGUGAAAUUCUGGAAUAGUGUGUCAAAUAGAAGGUAUUCCUCAGUGAACACGAGUGAAUUGAAAGACUUGCCGAUAAAUCGAUUAAAGAGAUCUGAUAUCGAUAACUUUGAAGCGAAUCUAGCCGAGUGUGAAGUAUUAAACAAUAAGUUUAACGAUGAUUUGGAGUUUAAUAACCGAAAAGAUGCGAUUAUUAAUCGAUUAUUCGAGAGGAGGAAGCACGGGCAGAUCGCCAGACAGCCAAAAUGUCUGUUCAUUCUGCUGAUGUUGGGAUUCUUCGCCCUAUCAGCUGGCUGUUUCAUUCUGUUCGUCAAACCGUACGACUUUUUCUUCGCCCAAAAAGCCAUGCUUAGCGACGGCGGGGAAAUUUUCGAAAUGUGGCGGAAACCGGAAGUGGAGUUGUAUACGAAAGUGUACCUCUUCAACAUAACGAAUGCUGAAGAGUAUAUGGCGGGGAUCGAUGACAAGGUCAAGGUCAAGGAGGUCGGGCCUUAUGUCUACAGAGAAUUUUUGGAGCAUGAAGUUACAAAAUUCAAUGAUAAUCACACGCUAUCAGCGAUUCCACGACACCCCCUGACUUGGGUUGAGGAGCUAUCUGAAGGACACAAGGAGAAUGACACGUUGUAUCUACCUCAUAUUGCGUUAUUGAGUAUUGCCCACCUGGUCUCCCAGAAAGAUAUGUUCACUCGUUUCGGUCUCAACAACCUAAUCACCCUGACUGACAGCCAGCCGAUUGCCAAGAUGACAGCUAAGGAGUUCAUGAUGGGGUACGAGUCCAAGCUCAUGACCCUGGGGAACACCUUCCUGCCAGGAUGGAUAUAUUUCGAUAAACUUGGGCUUAUUGAUCGGAUGUACGACUUCCAAGGAGACUACGAAACUGUUUUCACUGGAACUGACAACGUUCAGGUAUCUGGUCUCAUAGACACCUACAGAGGAUCCACAGACCUGCCUCAAUGGCACGGGAAGCAUUGCUCCAACGUGCAGUACGCUUCAGAUGGCACCAAGUUCAGGGGUGGAGUGGUGAAGAAUGAAAGUAUCCUGUUUUAUAGGAAAAGUUUGUGCAGAGCUGCGCCCUUGAUUCCUGUGGAUGAAGGAGUAAAGAGUGGUCUCAAGGGCUACAAAUAUACCUUCCCUGAAAAUAUGAUGGAUAACGGGAAAUACAUCGAAGAAAACAAAUGCUUUUGUAGAAAUGGCAACUGUCUCCCGGACGGUUUGAUUGAUGUAACGGACUGCUACUACGGCUUUCCUAUUGCACUCUCCUAUCCUCACUUCUGGAAAGGCAACAAGGUUCUGUCCAGCAAAGUCGAGGGUUUGACUCCCGAUCCAGAAAAGCACGAGACUGCUUUCUGGAUUGAACCUGAAUCUGGUCUUCCUCUGGACGUCAGCACCAAAUUCCAAAUCAACAUGGCUUUAGGAGAUAUAUCUGCGAUCAAACACGCUGAACGCUUCGCUAAUAUGCACUUGCCUCUACUUUGGUUUGAUAUUAGAAUGCACGCGCUCCCACCAUCCCUAAAACAACGCUUCAACCUGUACCUCAACAUCCUACCCAUCGUAGAACAAGGAGCCAUGUAUCUCCUCUUCAUCACGGGCGCCAUUUUCAUUCUCUCCACAGUCUACAUCCUAACCUUCAAAGUCAUGUUCAGAAAACCGCAAGACUUCAACUCCUGGAGAGAAAAGGACCAAAUAUACGCUCCCUGUGAGAUCCCUCUAAGCGAUACAGACACAGAAUCAGACAACAAACAUUCAGUACUAAAAAUACAUAGUGAAAAACUCAAAGAUUUAAGUUCUAAACUCAGUGAAAAAGUUUACGAUACCGUUGGAAGUGUAAAAGAUAAGGUAGUUGAAGAAUUGAACCAUGUAAAGCAUGUUUUCGAAAGGCGAGAAUCUAAACUAACUGAUCUGGGUCACGAUGGAUUCAAAAGCGAUUCAGACAAUGGGUAUUCGGCCAUCAAACAAAGCGACAGUGAAGAUGAUUGCAAGUAUUUGGAGAUCUUAGAUGAUGGAUCAGACUUAGUAGCAACGAAUUUUGAUACAGUCAGGUCAGAGAAGUUAAAAGAUUUAGAUACCAAUCAACGGUAAUUGAGGAAACUGGUGCUGUUGCAGCAUCCGGGUGAUAAGAUGGAUCUUGGGAUCCAAGGUUAACGAGAAAUCUUGCCAUGAUGCCGACUGAUAAUUUAGCUGUGAAUCAAAGAGAUUUUCAAAAUUCCUCUUCUUUAGAUUUUAAAGUUUCUAUUUAAAAAUCUUUCCUGUUAUAUAAGUGGGUAGGGGUCGUCAUAAUCUCAUUUAUCCCAUUCAAUCUAGAUUUUAAAAUGGGACUGGAUUUGAAAACUCUUGUUACUUAGGUUCAAAUUUGUUAGUCUUAGCUUACAGGUUACUUUUGUAAAUAUUUCUAGUUAUAAGGCAGUUGCCAUGGCAACGCAAGUUUCCAUUACAAUCUGCGUGUAGAAACUGCAUUCUAAGGGUACUGGAAACUUCCAACGCGAAGGAACGGUGUAAAUUUCAAUAAUAACAUUUAAGAGAAUAUGACCGAAUUAAUUUGUAAUAAUUUUCAUAUGUAAUAGUAAAGUUGGUUUUAAUUCCAAUACAUUAUUUGUAGGUAUCAAAUUGUUAAUUAUGAAUGAAAAACCCUUUUACUCCUAUUUUUCAUUGUUUUUGAAGAUUCUUGGCGAUACAAUUUUAGACUAGAUAAUACUAGCUUACUCCGCGGAAUUACCCGCGGUAAACAAGGAGCAUAUGUGAUUUGUCCUUCUGUAAUAAUAGUUAUGUAAAGACAGAUUUAGAACGCAUUGAAUCACACCAUCUUUAUUUAAAUAGCAAUAAUGAUCUACUUAAAAUUAUCUAAAAACGAAAAUUUCCACUUAAAAAUCACUUCCAAGUCUUUUUACCAUUAUACUGUAGUCAAUUCGACUCAUCUUUGCGCGAGUUUCCAUGUGUGGGUAACCCUUGUAAAUACACAUUGACAUCGUGUACUAAUACAGCUUUCAUUUGUGUGUGACACUCACACAAAUAAAGGCUUCAAUAUUACACAAUUGCUGUCAACCGCACCCACACAUAGCGCCGCGAGCACAGAUGAUUUGAAACAUCUAUAUUAUUGGCCGAUACCCCUUCCAGUCACCAACCAAACAGUAUUCUAUUUCAAUCGUUCUAUCUCUUUCUAUCAGUCAAGUAUUACCGUUUGCAAUAACCAUACUGACUGUCAGUAUUCAUUGAGUAACCGAUAUGAUAUUUCUAUAAGUGUUAAAUAAUAUAAUAAUAAUAAUAUAUCCUGGGACAGCUCACACACGGUUA